UUCCAGUGUUGUAAUAGGCAGGGCCGGGACACGCCACCGUUUCUAGAGGAAACAAGUUGAGGACUCUGCCCUUAAAGUGGCCAAUCUCCCAAGCGCGUCAUUUUGCAGAACAGCAGUAGGAUUCAGUGGCGCAUUCCUAGAAUUGCCUUGCGAUCCCUUCUUAAUCUGGUUUGCUUGUUUGUCGCUUCGUAUGUUGCAGCCAGUGACUAACGUUAGACUCGAAUAACUAAAGUUGCCAUGAAAUGUAUCUGCAUUGGUCUUGUUUUUGCCUUGGCUUCUCAGUUCGUUGAUGCUACAUUGUCAAAGACAGAUUUGAAAAAAGCUUCCUCAAAAACCCUGGAGGAAAAGACUCGUCAUUCAAAUCAAACAGUACAGGAGCGUGGUCUGGUAGUUACUGAUCCAAUGGCAAAGGACAUUGUCCUUGAACACAAAAGCUAUUGUGCUACAAAAGGACGUGAACACUCCUUCAAGGGAGAAACUUUGGGCUACAUUACACCUUGGAAUAGCCAUGGCUAUGAUAUUGCUAAAACAUUUAGAAACAAAUUUACGACAAUUUCGCCAGUCUGGUUACAGGUGAAGAGAAGAGGAAAGGAGAAGUUCCAGGUGACAGGGCUCCAUGACGUUGACCAAGGCUGGAUGAAAGAAGUUAAGAGAAAUGCCAAGAGCAUCAAAAUAGCCCCACGGAUUUUAUUUGAAGACUGGUCUUAUCACGAUUUUGAAAGCAUAUUUGGCAGUGAGGAUGAGAUAGAAGAGCUUUCUAAUACUAUGAUUCAAAUAGCAAAGAGUGAAAACUUCGAUGGUUUUGUGCUUGAAAUAUGGAAUCAGCUAGGAAAUCAAAAACAAAUGGAUCUGAUUCACUUGCUCACUCACUUCUCUGAAGCUUUCCAUGAGGCACAACUUAAACUAAUGCUUGUCAUUCCUCCUGGUGUUAUGCCAGGAACUAGUGAGUUAGGAAUGUUUACCAAGAAAGAAUUUGAUCAGCUGGCUCCAGUGGUGGACAGUUUCAGCCUCAUGACGUAUGAUUACUCGUCACAAUUGGGGUCUGGCCCCAAUGCCCCACUGCUUUGGGUGCAAGCUUGUAUUGAAAUGCUGGAUCCAGAAUCCAAAUGGAGGAAAAAAAUUCUUCUGGGGCUGAAUUUUUAUGGCAUGGAUUAUUCAAGUAAUGUAAGAGACCCCAUAGUUGGCAACAGAUAUAUUGAAAUAUUAAAAGAGCACAAGCCUAAAUUAGUCUGGACUGAAAAAAUUGCUGAACACUACUUGGAAUAUAAAAAAAGUAAAGGAAACAAGCAUAUAGUCUUCUACCCAACUUUGAAGUCCAUUCAACUGCGGUUAGAACUUGCAAAGCAACUGGGCACAGGAAUCGCUAUCUGGGAAUUGGGCCAAGGCUUGGAUUAUUUUUAUGACUUGCUUUAAAAGAAAUGUGCUUUUCUUCACUGACCCUUCAUCUUCAGUCAAAUGAAGGGGGUUGAUGUGGGCAGGACAUUUAUUUUGGGGCGGUGGCUAUAUAAUUUAUAUGAAACCUGCUUCAUACUUUCCAAUAAAGAUAUCUUUUGAGGUAUUGCCUUUCCUGAA